GGGCCCAAACUGUAGCCCCUGAUUAUUGUGGAGUCGGAGGCGUCGUCCGCCGCGCGGACAGUUUCGAAACCUGGAAACGGCGAGAGCCGGCGGAAACAGAGCGCGCCCGCCCAGAUCCGAUCCGCCCCCACGCCGGGCCGCACUCCACCAACGUACCUGCGCGGCCCUCGCCAUCCCCAGGACUAGGUGAAAUGGUGAAAUCCCCCCAAAAUUUCAAAUCCUUCUCCCGUCCGCCUCACCCCGCUAGGGUUUCAGUUUCACCACACCAACUGCAGUCCAGAGACCAAUCGGCGCCGUGCUCGCCCGCCCCGUCCAUGCCCAUGCCGAAUCCCUAGCCUCCUGGCCGCCCCUCCAUGUCCCGCUCCUUCUUCCCGAUCUGCACUUCCCAGAAAGCGGAAAUGGAGGAGAUGUCCAAGGAGCUGGACGACCUGCGGGCCGAGGUGGAGAGGCUCACCGCCGAGCUCCGCGCCAAGUCCGACCUCUCCGACGGCCUCAAACGCGCCGGCGCCGACCAGGCCGCUCGGCUCCGUGAGGCCCGGGCGGAGGCCGAGCGGCACGCGCGGGAAGCCGCCGGGAAGGGCGAGGAGGCCGCCGCCGCCGGGGAGCAGUGCGGGCAGCUGGAGGCCAAGCUGGCCGAGAAGGAGCAGGCGCUGAGGCACCUCUGCGCGACGCACGAGGCGCUCAAGGGCAGCCUCCGGGAGAAGACCAAGGGGCUUGAGGCGGAGAAGAGGGAGCUCCUCGCGGCGGUCGAAGGCUCCGAGGCCAGGCGGCAGGAGCAGGAGGCCGCCCUGCGCUAUCGCGACGACGAGGUCGCGAGGCUCAGGGGGCUCUUGUCGGAGAAGGUGACCAAGUGCAGCGACGCCGAGCAGAGGGCGUUGGCUCCGAGGGAGGUGAUGAUGAGGGAUGACAUGCUGGUGAAGCUGGAGGAGGAGAAGGCCGCCGUCGAGGGCAAGCUCAAGUGGAAGGCAGAGCAGUUCAGGCACCUUGAGGAAGCGCUCAAGAAGGUCCAGGAUGAGUUCAGGGCGGCCAAGAGGGAGUGGGGCUCAGACAGGUCAACCUUGGUUGAUCGGAUUGAUACUGUCGAGGCUAAUUUAGAUUCCAAGACCAGGGUUGCAGAGGAGUUCCGGUCAAGGCUCGAGAUGUGCAGCCAGGCGUUGGCACACGAGGAGGGCCGCAGGAAGUGGCUCGAAACAGAGAUGUCUGAAUUGCGCAAUAUGUAUGGGAAUGUGGUCACGGAAUAUGAAAAGGCCAGAUCGACGAUUGAGUUUCUCAGCGCCAAGAGGGAUGAGGAGAUUGCAUCUUUGAGGAGCUCACUGGCUGAGAAGGUCACACUGCUCAAGGAGAUAGGGUACAGCAAGGCACAUCUUGAGCAAGAAAAUGAGGAUUUGCGGUCUACUUUGAAGGAAUACCAAGAGGCUCAGAUUGGUGGUGCAGAUGCUGUAGUGUCAUUGAAGGGUCUGCGGGAGAAGUUCAGAGCUCUGGAGCAGACACAUAGAAGCUGCACUGAGAAGCUGAGAGAUAAGGAAGCAGAAUGGAGAAUGCAGGUGGAAAAGCUUGGGAAUGAUCUGGAUGGAUGCUUGUCACGGUUAGAUUCCAAAGAUACGCUUAUCAGGGAAUUGCAGAAUGAGGUGCUGAGCAGUUAUAGCUCACUGGAGCUGCAAACUGUGGAGAAUUGGGAAGCUUUAAUAGUUCUUACUGUUGUAAAGUCUAAAUUUUAUGAUUCCUGCUUAUGUAUUGAUAAUAUUAAAGUGAAUAUUCAAAAUCAUUGUGAAAAACUUGAGAAGGAAAUUGCUUCUGCCAAACAGCAGUUGGAAGGUAAAAACUGUGCCAUUGUUCAAUCUCAAGCUGAGCUGAAACAGCAGUCAGAGGUAAUAGUGAGAUUGCAUGGAAGAAUUAAGCAGCUAGAACACAUGGAACAGGAACAUGAGAAGAUGCAAAGGCAGCUUGAUGUGUACAAAGAGAUGCUUGAUAACACAUCAAGAGAUGUUCACCGUUUAAAAGAUGUAGCCUCAGAGAAAAAUAUCCUGCAGGAGAAAUUGAGGACGGCAUUAGGUGCUCUUGAUGAAGCAAAAUGUGCCCUUGCUGGCAGGAAGAGUGAGUUGGGCCAACUAGAAAUCAAUCUUCAUCAGCAAAAGCAAGCAAUUGACCAUUUCAGAAAACUGAAAGUUGAUAUGGAAACUGAUCUCAAGGGCUAUAUGGAUGACAACUGUAUACUGAAGAGAGAUCUGGAUGCUGUUCUUGCUGCCAAAAUGGAAGGUGAGGAGUUGCUUCGAGAAGAAAAGGUGAAGCUACUAGGUGCUCUCGAUGAAGCAAAAUGUGCCCUUUCUGAGAGGACCCGCGAACUGAGCCAAUUAGAGAUCAAUUAUCAUCAGCAAAAGCAGGCAUUGGAGCAUAUGGAGAAAUUGAAGAUUGAUAUAGAAGCUGAACACAAGAUCUAUAUGGAUGAAAACCAUGUACUGAAGAGAGAUCUGGAUGUUGCUCUCAUUGCCAAAAUGGAGGCUGAGAAGUCUCAGGCAGAAGAAAAAGAGAAGUUAUGUGGUAUAAUUAAUGAGAAAAGAAGAGUGAUUGAUGAGCUUCAUCAACACAUCACUAUACUAGAAGAAGAAAACCUGGGCCAAAAACUUGAUUUGGGAAGUCUUAUCAAGUUGGAGUAUGAGAAAUCCAUUCAAGUGAACAACAGGUGCUCUGAAAUUGUUGAAGUCUUUGACGAAAAACUUCUGGAGCUUGAAAACAGGCUUAGUUUCUUUGAGCAGAAAUUCACAUGCAGGAAGCAGGAGAUCAUGGAAAUGUUUGACCAAGAGGAAGCAGAUUGGUAUACACUAAUUGCAGAGAAAGAAAUUGCUAUUGCUGAUAUUCAACAAAUUGUUGAAUCUGUUCAACUUGACAUCAAGCAGCUUCUUGACACUGCAGCAGCAAAAGUCGCAGAAGUUCAGCUCGAGGUUAAGCAACUUUAUGGUUUUGCAGAAACUCUGAAUUCACUUUACAUCAUCCAAGAGCAUGAUAGUGUUUUCAAGGAUAUGAUCAUUGCAGAAUGUGAAAGAGAACUUGAGUCCCUGCAGGUGAAUUUAGUGUUAGAGAAAGAACAAUCAGGAAAUUUGAAGAAUCUUAUUGAGCAGCUCAAAGUAGAGACUACUGCAGAAAAGCUAGAAAAGGCAAAGGAGCAUCUGGAAGUCACAAAUAAACUGAAAUCUUUGGAGGAAAGAAAAGAAAUAUUGGAAGAGCAUUUGGGAGAGUUAAAGUCUAGAACAACGGAUCUAUCUAAUGUUGUUGUUCAAGAGAGGAAAGAGUACAUCCAUGAGUUGACCGGACUCACUAAUACUAUUGAAGAAGUAAUUCAGGGAGAUGAAGAUCUGAUGUCAAGCUUGAGAAGGAUCAUGCAUAAAGUCAAUAAUGAUGGACAUUUACCGGAUUCCUGCAGUAAUGACAGGCCUAGCUCGGAGAAAAUCAAUGCGAAAAGUUCUGCAUCUCUGAUCAGGAACAGAUCAGGGCAUCUCCCAGAUAGAAGAUCACCUCUAAAGGAGCACAACUAUUAGUGUUGAUAGAUAGGGUCAGAUUAUGUACUGACAUUGUUGUAACAUUUGUACCGUCAUGCUGCAUGUAGAAUUGUAGAUUGUCAUCUCUCUCAUUUUCCUUACCUUAAUGCCAGCUGUGUUAUGUUGUUUACACACAAUGGCUGCGGUUACUGGACAUUUCUUUUUAUCAAUUGCAUUUAAAUUAAAUCUUUCCUCAUCCUCAGUAUUGAAUGGAAUGAGCUUACCCUUUUUUCCAUGUUCCCGUAGGC